UCCAAGAGCAGAGAGACAAGGCAAGGGGCGCCUUGGACCAUGGAAGCCUCCAGCCUGGACUUCGGGGAGGUGGAAACUUUUCUGGAUAGGCAUCCAGAGUUGUUGGAAGACUAUUUGAUGCGGAAAGGGAAGCAGGAGCUGGUGGACAAGUGGCUACAAAGGCACAGUCCGGGACAGGGGGCUUCAGGCCUGAAGCCUGCCCUGGCUGGCACUGGCAGCUUGGCUCAGGGUAGUGGCAGAGGCAGCACUGGGAAUGCUGGUGUUGCUGGACCACAGGGCUCUGCUAACAGCCAUCCCAUGCCCAGUGGUGGGGAAAGUACUGGGGUUCCCCUGAGCCCCAGCUGGGCCAGUGGCAGCCGGGGCGAUGGGAAUCUGCAGCGGAAAGCUUCGCAGAAAGAGCUGCGGAAGAGCUUUGCCCGCUCUAAAGCCAUUCAUGUGAACAGGACCUACGAUGAACAGGUGACCUCCCGGGCCCAGGAGCCCAUGAGCAGUGUCCGGCGUAGAGCCCUGCUCAGGAAGGCCAGCUCUCUGCCCCCCACCACAGCCCACAUUCUCAGCGCCCUGCUGGAAUCAAGGGUGAAUCUGCCUCAAUAUCCCCCUACGGCCAUCGACUAUAAAUGCCACCUCAAAAAGCAUAACGAACGCCAGUUUUUCCUGGAACUGGUCAAGGACAUCUCCAAUGACCUUGACCUCACCAGCCUAAGCUACAAGAUCCUCAUCUUUGUCUGUCUCAUGGUGGACGCUGACCGUUGCUCUCUCUUCUUAGUGGAGGGGGCAGCUGCUGGCAAGAAGAGUUUGGUCUCCAAAUUUUUUGAUGUGCACGCGGGAACCCCACUUCUCCCGUGCAGCAGCACAGAGAACUCAAACGAGGUACAGGUCCCCUGGGGCAAAGGCAUCAUUGGCUAUGUCGGGGAGCACGGAGAGACAGUCAACAUUCCUGAUGCCUAUCAGGACCGAAGAUUCAAUGACGAGAUUGACAAGCUCACUGGGUACAAGACAAAAUCACUCUUGUGCAUGCCAAUCCGGAGCAGCGACGGUGAGAUCAUCGGUGUGGCCCAAGCAAUAAAUAAGAUUCCUGAGGGUGCUCCAUUUACGGAUGAUGACGAAAAAGUUAUGCAGAUGUACCUUCCCUUCUGUGGAAUCGCCAUAUCUAAUGCUCAGCUCUUUGCUGCCUCGAGGAAAGAAUACGAAAGAAGCAGGGCUUUGCUGGAGGUAGUCAACGACCUCUUCGAAGAACAGACUGACCUGGAAAAGAUCGUCAAGAAAAUAAUGCACCGGGCCCAAACUCUGCUGAAAUGUGAACGCUGUUCGGUUUUACUUCUAGAAGACAUUGAAUCUCCAGUGGUGAAGUUUACCAAAUCCUUUGAACUGAUGUCCCCAAAGUGCAGCGCCGAUGCUGAGAACAGUUUCAAAGAAAGCAUGGAGAAGACGUCUUACUCCGACUGGCUGAUAAACAACAGCAUCGCCGAGCUGGUUGCUUCGACGGGCCUUCCUGUGAACGUCAGCGACGCCUACCAGGACCCGCGCUUUGAUGCUGAGGCUGACCAGAUAUCUGGUUUUCACAUAAGAUCUGUUCUCUGUGUCCCUAUUUGGAACAGCAACCACCAAAUAAUUGGGGUCGCUCAAGUGCUGAACAGACUUGACGGGAAACCUUUUGAUGAUGCAGACCAGCGGCUUUUUGAGGCUUUUGUCAUCUUUUGUGGCCUUGGUAUCAACAACACAAUUAUGUAUGAUCAAGUGAAGAAGUCCUGGGCCAAGCAGUCUGUGGCUCUUGAUGUGCUGUCGUACCACGCCACGUGUUCCAAGGCCGAAGUUGACAAGUUUAAGGCAGCCAAUAUCCCUCUGGUAUCAGAGCUGGCCAUCGACGACAUUCAUUUUGAUGACUUUUCCCUUGACGUUGACGCCAUGAUCACAGCUGCCCUCCGGAUGUUCAUGGAGCUGGGCAUGGUACAGAAAUUUAAAAUCGACUACGAGACCUUGUGCAGGUGGCUUCUGACAGUGAGGAAGAAUUACCGAAUGGUUCUCUACCACAACUGGAGACACGCCUUCAACGUGUGCCAGCUGAUGUUUGCCAUGCUCACCACUGCUGGGUUUCAAGAGAUUCUGACUGAGGUGGAAAUUUUAGCGGUGAUUGUGGGAUGCCUGUGUCAUGACCUCGACCACAGGGGAACCAACAACGCCUUCCAAGCUAAGAGUGACUCUGCGCUGGCCCAGCUCUACGGGACAUCGGCCACCUUAGAGCAUCACCAUUUUAACCACGCUGUGAUGAUCCUUCAGAGUGAGGGUCACAACAUCUUCGCUAAUUUGUCCUCCAAGGAAUACAGUGACCUCAUGCAGCUUCUAAAGCAGUCGAUACUAGCCACUGACCUCACGCUGUACUUUGAGAGAAGAACUGAGUUCUUUGAGCUUGUCAGCAAAGGAGACUACGAUUGGAACAUCAAAAGCCACCGUGAUGUGUUUCGAUCAAUGUUAAUGACAGCCUGUGACCUUGGAGCCGUGACCAAACCGUGGGAGAUCUCCAGACAGGUGGCUGAACUUGUAACCAGCGAGUUCUUUGAACAAGGAGAUCGGGAGAGGUCGGAACUCAAGCUCACUCCCUCGGCUAUUUUUGACCGGAACCGGAAAGACGAACUGCCUCGGUUGCAGCUGGAGUGGAUUGACAGCAUCUGCAUGCCUUUGUAUCAGGCCUUGGUGAAGGUCAACGCCAAACUGAAGCCGAUGCUGGAUUCAGUGGCUGCCAACCGAAGGAAGUGGGAAGAAUUACAUCAGAAAAGACUGCAGGUCUCCGCUGCCUCCCCAGUCCCUGCUAGUCUCACUGUGGCAACGGGCGAGGAUAGGAUGUAA